UCCGGUAGCUGUCGGCGUAAGGUUCUGGGAGCCGGUACAAUGGAGAGGUACGAGGCAGCCAUGGUGCUGGGAGCUCUUGGGAAUGCUAUUGGUUAUCACAAUUUUUGCAAUGAGUGCAACAAACCUGGACUAAAAUUGACGGAGUCAGAUUUAUCAAGAGAAAUAGACACAAUGAUUUCAAAACCAUUUCGGUGGCCGGCUCCAUUUGAUACUCUCAUGCACAUAGCAACUGCUGAAGCAUUAACCUCUGAAAGGGGUUCCGUCCAAGAACUGUGCAGCCAGGCAGCGAAGAGAUACCUCAUUACACUGCAUAGGUAUCAAAAAUGUCAUCCAAAAAUCGUAUCAGACGGAGCCCAAGUUCAGUCAAAAAACUAUGCAUCCAGAGGAUACACUUCCUUCAGUCGAAAAGAACCUAAAUUUGGAGCAGCUGCAAGAACAAUGUGUAUUGGUAUGUGCUAUUCAAAGGCAGAGCAACUGAAUGACCUCCUCCAAGCCAGCAUUGAAUGUGGUCGAAUGACGCACAGUUAUCCAGCAGGCUUUCUAGGUGCUUUCUGUACAGCACUUUUUAUAUCAUACGCUGUUCAAGGGAAGCCUAUUGUUCAGUGGGGAUGGAGGAUGAUGGAAGUAAUGCCAACUGCGGAACAGUACUGUGAAAGGAAGAUGAAGCACUUUUCAGAUUAUCGUGAAAACUGGUUUUCUUUUGAAACUAGAUGGCAAUUUUACCUUCAGCUGAGGAAAAUUGAGAAGGAUGGCUGUGUUAAUGCAAUAUUUCCUCAAAAUUAUGAUAUUGAAGAACAAAACAAGCUAUAUAGACGCUGGCGCUCUGAAUCAAGUGGAUUGAGUAAAGGAGUUGAAACAACAUUGAUUGCUUAUGAUGCACUUUUGUUUGCUGGGAAUGAUUGGAGGAAGCUGUGUUAUUCUGCAAUGUUUCAUUGGGGGGAAAGUGAUGCAACAGGUGCUAUUGCAGGUUCUCUAUAUGGAAUUCUCUAUGGAUUUGACAAUGUCCCUACGAGUCUUUACCAGAACCUAGAAUUAAGAAGCCAUCUAGAACAGCUGGGGAGACAGCUGUACCAGGUUGCUACUGCAGACAGGAUUUUGUAUCUCGGUGCAGAUCAUAGCCAAGGAAAUGAGUCUUUAGAUGUGCGUCCAAUUGCCAGGGUGUUUGUGAACAAGCGCAGAAGUGAGGAAAUCAACAAUCUGAUCAAUUACAUAGCUCAGCUAGAAAAGGUAAAGAGUACAAACAACGAAGACUCUGUACACCUGACGAAUGAGUUAGUUACUGCACAAGUCACCAGAAAGGCAAAAGCACAUAAAACUGAAGAAAAGCUCAGACCCACUAAAUUUCAGCUCCUGCAGUCGAGGUUUACAAAGAUUGGUUUUCGAAGUAAACUGGAGAAACUAGAGCCUCCCGAGCCUAAGGAAGUAGCAGUGUUAGAGCAAUCUAACAGCACUGCAAAUUCUCAGAGCACUGCGACCAAUGUUUCCAUGGUGGACAAAAGAAAUACCAAUGUUACUGAAGUGCAUAGUCCUACUGACUUGAUAGUUAAAGAAAAAUGUGAACUUACAAAUAAUAAAAUGGAAGCUGGUGUUUUUGAAAGACCAAUUGCUGAAAGUAAUAUUGAAACUUUAAGUCCUGCGACAGCACAAACCUAUGUUACUACUUCCAAAUUUCCCACAAUAGAUGGCAGACAUACCAACUUUACUGAAAUGCAGACUUUUGAUUUGAAAGAUCAACAAAAAUGUGAACUUUCAGUUGGAAAAGUGAAACUUGCUACUCUUAGACAAUCAGAUGCAGAAAAUAAUACAACUGCUCUUUGUCCAAAUACAAUACAUCCAGCAGGGAUGCAAAUACUACAUGCAGAGAAAUCAAAUGAUACUUGUUCAGACACUACCAAAAAAACUGAAGAUCAUAUACAACAGGAUUCUCAGAUUAAAAAUAAAGAAGUUAUUUUGAAUGAACCAGUUCUACAAAUGGUCACUGAAGUGUUAUAUCCAACUACACAAUUCCAAACUGGUGAUGAGACAAAAAAUAAAUUAACAAAAUCACCCAGGACCAGUAGUGAUGUUAAUGAAAAUGGUGUACACACUGUGAAUUUUGCUGAAAAUAUAAACCAUAUAUUUUCUUUUGGAGAAGCAGUUACAAACUCUUCAUUAUGUAUUUCCAAAUUAAGUCUUUCUGAUACAACCAAUAUCCAUAAAACCAACUCCCUGAUACCCAAGUAUACUCCAUUGGGAGACAACAAGAAGCCUAAUAUUAUUAACCUUCCCCAUACUGUGACUAAUGCUGGAUUGCACAGUCCAAUACCAUGCAUUGAAGUCUCUUCAUCUAUGAAAAGUAGCAGAAAAGAAAAUCUAACUGAAACAAGGAAGGAAAAUAUAAAAGAAACAAGAAAAUUACCACCCACAAACCCAGAAUUACACUCUGACACGUGUAACGUGCAAGCAUUAAAAGAAUUUUCAAAAAAAUCAGAACCUAUUUUCACAACUGAAAUUGUAACUUUGCCAUACAAUGAAACAGAUCAAGCAAAACAAUAUGAGGACCAAAAUAAGCACACGCUCAAUCUGUCUAAUGGCAUUUUUGCAGUUAAGCAGCACAGUCUCAUGUUAAAGGAGGAACCUCCGCAAAUACUAAAGGAAAAUGCUGAAAAACCAAUUUUACAGACUAAAAACUUCAAACCAUUCAUCAAUUUGAGCCAAAAGCAAACUCUCGAAGAAGGUGCUCAAAAAUCAGAGAAUACUGUAUCUCCUAAAAUCCUAAUGCUGCCAGACAAUGAAUUACAAGAACUUAAAGAAGAUGAUGCUCAAAAUAAACACAAUUUAAAUAAUUCUGGAGAUUUAGUCAACACUACUAAUCAGUUCAUAACUGUACUACAGAAACAACCUCAGCAAAUACAGAAGGGAAAUACUGAGAAAAUAGUUAGUUUACAAACGAGGAAGUCACAGUCAUUCACUAAUUCGUGUAAGAAGCAAAAACUGAAGAGAAUUCCACAAAAAUCAGAGUCUGAUAUUGUUCCUAAAACUCACAUUCUACCAGAAAAUAAAUCAAAAGACAAGAAACAUGAUGAUAAUCAGCACAAGCAUAUUCCUGACAAAUUUAGUGACUCAGUUAACUCAGCUGUGCAACUCACAGUUGUGCAAGAGGAACAGUCUCAAGAAAUACUAAAGGAAGUUGCAGAGACAACAACAAUUUCACAAACUAAGGGCCCUGAGUCAUUCAUUGACUCAAAUGAAAAGCAAGAGCUGAAAGAAGUUCAGCAAAAACUACAAUCUGUUAUCACUGCUGAAAUCCUGACUCUUUCAUCCAAUGAUUUGCAUGAAAUAAAAGAUGACUAUCAACACAAAGACAUAAACGAUCAAUGUAGAGAUUCCAUCCAUGUCGCCAAACAGGGAGUGUUAAAGGAAUAUCUUCCUGCUGUUGAGCAAGCUACCAAAACUGAGAGUACUUCCUCAGCACAAAACAACUAUCCAGGCAACACAGCUUAUAACAAAAGUAAACCAUGGAAAUACAAGGCAUAUAGUUAUGCUGACCCUUCAGUGGUUUCACAAUAUAACCGUAGAGUAUUUGUGAGGGCCACUGAUGCAAUACAAUUUUCUUCCCCACAAACAAGCUUUGAGUUUCCAUAAAUAUGGAAGACCAUUGGACAAAAGGUGAUAUAAUUUCUUGAAUGUGAAUGUCAGUUAAUAUUCUGGAGCAAUUAGUAUUCUAGUGAAGACAUUCAAUCUUAGAUUUUAAAUAGUAUUAAUAUUUCUUUUAUGCAACGUCAAUUGUUUGUCUUAAACAGGUUUUAUGAAUAACAGCUGGAUGCCAAAGGCUUCAUUCCAAUGAUGCCAUUAAAAGAGCAUUGCUUUCAUAAGAAAAGAUUUGCCACAAAGUCACAAAUCAGCAAGAGUUACAUUAGUCAGCCAUUUGCUUAUUGCAUUAAGAUAAAAAUUAUUACUCCUAUACUUCUACUCCCUCUACAAUCAGUGGUUUGUCAAAUUAUUUUUCAUCAAGUUAUUGUCCUUUUAAGACAAACAUUUUUGUACUUAAUACUAAAUUGAUCAAAUUUAGAAAUUAACUACAAAAUGCGAUGUAACAAAAACAGAAAUUAUUUGGUUUUAUUGCUCAUACAAUACCUAUUCGAGGACAAAAGGUUUUUGUUGUAUUACAUUUUGAAAUUAAUGUGUGCCAUUUUCAUCUACAGCGUGGCAAUAUAUUAGUUGCUUACUACUUUCUUCAUUUAAGAAGUAGUACAAAGCAUGUAAAAUUAUAAGCUGAAAUACUUUUAGCAUUCCACUAACAAGAAAUAUAGUUCUUAACAUGGAAGAGGCACACACAUUAAAACAGGUGGAUUUGAGGGCAAGGUCAGAUCAAUCAUGAUCUUCUUGAAUGACUGAACAAAGCCAACAGCCUUCUCUGCUCGUAUUUAUUAAAUUCUAAGGUAUAAUAAUUAUCAUUUUUUAUACUUUUGUCAGUCACAGAUUAUUCCACACUUAAAUCCUGAUGCAGUCAAUUCCAGAUUGUGUUUCUUAUUCACUCAUGGGAUGUGGGCAUUGCUGGAAAGACCCGCGUCUGUUGCUCAUCCCUAA